AGAAGAAAAUCCUCCGGUGUUUAAUGUUCAAUCUUUCAAACUUGUUGAAGCAAAAAAUAUGUUUUCGAUCGCAACUUCUUCUUCUUCCCCACUCAUCAAUUCAACCUUCAAUUCUCACAUUGCAUCUGGGUUCAAAACCCUCACGGAGAAUUUCACUGUAAAGAAGGUUCACAAAGCAGAGAGCCGCGAACUCAACGUCCCCCUCCUCUCCCCCUUCACCAUCGCUUCCUCACGCCUCGACUCCGUCGGAAACGUCGCGAUCCGGAUCGAGCUCAACAGCACCGCCGGCGGAUGCGUCGGCUGGGGAGAAGCUCCGAUCUUACCUUCAGUAACGGCGGAGGAUCAGCCCACAGCCAUGGCUAAAGCCAAGGAGGCCUGCGAGCUUCUCAGAGAGUUGCCGGAGAUGAAGCUAGCUCACGUUCUUGAGGAGAUCGGAGGGAUUCUACCUGGGCAUCGAUUUGCGUCUGUAAGAGCUGGGAUGGAGAUGGCUAUGAUUGAUGCUGCUGCUAAGAGCGUUGGAGUUCCCUUGUGGAAACUCUUUGGUGGGGCUUCGAAUACAAUCACCACCGAUAUUACAAUUCCGAUAGUUUCUCCAGCUGAAGCUUCGAACUUGGCUGCAAAGUACAGAGGAGAAGGGUUUAAGACGUUGAAGCUUAAGGUUGGGAAGAAUCUUAAGGCUGAUAUAGAAGUUCUUCAGGCUAUACGUGAAGUCCACCCUACUUGUUCCUUUAUUUUGGAUGCAAACGAGGGUUAUAAAACAGAGGAAGCUGUUGAAGUUCUUGAAAAACUUCAUGAAAUGGAGGUUACACCGGUUCUCUUUGAACAGCCAGUUCACAGAGACGAUUGGGAAGGUCUCAGGCAUGUGACUCGAGUUGCAAAGGAGAGGUUUGGAGUGUCGGUUGCAGCAGACGAGAGUUGUAGAGACUUGACUGAUCUCAAGAAAAUCAUUAAAGAUGAUGUGGUGGAUGUUGUUAACAUCAAACUCGCCAAAUCCGGUAUCCUCGAGGCCCUGGAUAUGAUUGAGUUGGCUAGAUCAUCUGGAAUUGAGCUUAUGAUAGGGGGAAUGGUGGAGACUAGACUGGCAAUGGGGUUCUCCGGUCACCUUGCUGCUGGCAUUGGAUGUUUCAGAUUCAUCGACUUGGACACUCCACUUCUUCUAGCUGGUGAUCCUGUUCAAGGUGGCUACAAAGCAUCGGGUGCUGUCUAUGAGUUUACUGAUGAAGGCGGUCAUGGAGGAUAUCUUCAGUGAAUGAACUUUGCUUUAUGAGUCUACUAGGGUCCUUGUUUAUGCAGUUCAUAGUGAACCAACUUCAAGUUUGAUGUAGUUCUUUGUGUUUAAGAAAUGUUUAAAGAAAGGCAUUACACCUUGUCCUAAAUUUUUAGCUUUCGCUAACAAAGUGAAUGUAACCUACAGCCUUUGUAACUUGUGCUCCAAAUAAAUGUAUGACAUUCAUCA